AUGGAUUUACGAGGACAACGAUUUGUGGUCGACCUCUCGGACGACGAAGAUGAGCGCGCGUCUCCCUCUCGAAUACCAUCAAAUGGCCUUCCAAACCUCCCCUUCAUCGGCGACAUACAGGAACGCGAAGUUGCCCCUCCUUCCGCGCCCAAGAUGAAGAGCACUCCGACCGGCUUUCCCGAACACAAAAAGAGGACGAGAAUUUCGACUUUCAAGCAACAGAGGGGAGGAGUCGCGGCGUCCACGGAUCCAAAAGCUAAAAAGGUUGUGACGCCAGCAGCACAAAUUCCAUCGCGACCAGCGCCCCGCGAUUUACGAAAUGAUGGAUUUGAUGCUGAGGAGCGGCGAAGGAUCGACGAGGAGAACAAAAAGAAGUUGGAUGCCAUGUCUGCAGAAGAAAUUGAGGAGGAAAGACAGGAGCUUAUGGCUGGAUUGAACCCGUCCCUGAUUGAGAGAUUCUUAAGGCGGGCAAAUUUGGAUGAAGGCCGUGGAGAUACUGGUAUAGAGCCUCCUUCGUCGCGCAAAGAGGACGAGAGAAAAGCCAAACCGAAAGUUGGAGGGCCUGUCAAAAUUGUACCAGCUCCUAAACCAGCAGGGGGUCUGGUCGCUGCCGAGAAGUCCGUACGAUUUGAAGGGGACGACAAACCUGUCGACGCCACGACUGGCUCUUCUCUGGCAGACCUCUCAAGUUCGGAUCCGGCGAUACACUUUCCAAAUCCACCACCAGUCAAAGAUCUCGAUCCGUCUGAUCCCGAGUUUCUCGAGAAUUUACACAAUAAAUACUUUCCAAACUUGCCCAAUGACCCCUUCAAACUAGCUUGGAUGGCACCUAUACCAACACAUGGUUCUAUAGCAGACCAAGAAUCUCCGUACUAUCCGGCCCAUGAAGCUCUCCCAGCAUCGGCUCUUCGUUUCGACUUCCGAGGUGGUUUAUUGCCGCCAAGGAUUUCGAGAGCUAUGCCUAGCACCAAAGGUCUUCAUCAUCACGGAGAAGCACCUGAGGCUGCAGGGUACACAGUCCCAGAGUUGGCUAGGCUUUGCAGGUCGGCAUACCCUGCUCAGAGAUGCAUAGCAUUCCAAACCCUGGGGAGACUUCUGUAUAGAUUGGGUAGAGGUGAAUGGGGAGAUGAGGAUAGUGAGAUCAACAAAGGAUUGUGGAGAUGUAUUGAAGAGGGUAAGGUUCUUGACACUCUUGAAGAGGCUACAAAUGCUUCUGGAGGGCAUCAAGGGAGUAAGGUGUACGCUGUGGAGGCUGUUUGGCUUUGGCAGAAGGGUGGCGGAAAGCGUUGGAAGGCAGCUUAA